GGGGGGUUUUCCACCAUGCCUCUGCCUCGACGCCGCUCAUCUUUACUGGGAACCCCGGGCUGCGAGCGCCCUCCCACCUCCAGGGACGCCCACCCCCCCCCCCCUGGAGGACGGAUGGUCUCAGCCCCCCGCGGUGUCUUCGGUGCCCCCCCCCCUUGUCUGGGGGCCCGGGUGUCUCGGCGGGCGCUGGGUAUCAGCAGCGUGUUCCUGCAGGGCCUGCGGAGCAGCGCUGCACCGGUGCUGCCGCGGGCCGGAGGGCCCUGUGGGGGGGCCAGUCUGAACGGAUGCCUGAUGGAGUACAGGGAUAAGGUCCGGGCCCUUGAGGCCCUCAACAUGCAGCUGGAGGACGGAAUCCGCCUCGCUCUGGACCGCAAGGCCAGCAGCGCCGGAGCCUGGGGGGGGCUGAGGAGGGAGUGGGAGGACGUCUACAGACAGGUCAGUGAAGCGAUCCUGGACAACGCUCGGCUGAUGCUGCAGACAGAGAACGUGCAGGCCAACGCUGAGGACUUUAAGGAGAGGUUUGAGAGCGAGCAGCCGUUCAGAACCCUGGUCCAGGACGAGAUCAGUUCUCUGCACAAAGUGAUCCAGGAGGCCGGCCUCACCAGGGCGGAGCUUCAGGAGCAGAUGGAGGGCAUGAGGGCGGAACUACAGCACCUGGAGCAGGACCAUGAGCAGGAUGUCCGCAGUCUCUACGCUCAGAUGUCGGGACAUGAGCUGGACCAGCCCGACGCUCCUAUCCAAACCAGUCUGGACCAGAUCCUGACCCACAUCCGGAGCCACUGGGAGAGGCUGACGGAGAGGAACCGGGCCGAGACCGACAGCUACCUGGAUGGCAAGGAGGCGCAGUGUGUGAGCAGCAGACUGAGUCCUGAGGAGCAGCAGGUGGAGGCUCUGAAGGCCGAGUGCAGCGACACCUGCUGUAAGAUCCAGAACCUGCAGGCAGAGACCGAGUCCAUCAGAGCACUGAGGCGUGGUCUGCAGAGCUCCCUGUCGGACUCACAGCACUGGCAGCAGGUGGAGCAGCAGAACAGGGUCUCUGUGGUUCUGCAGCUGCAGGCGGAGCUGAGCGACCUGCAGGAGGAAAUCCAGCAGCAGCGCCGCGACUAUGACACGUUGCUAAGCAACAAGCAGCGCCUGGAGAGGGAGGUCGGACUGUACCAUGGCGUACUGGACGGGGAGGAGAGCCGCUUCACACCGGUUCCAGGUCUGCACUUAUUGCCUGAGGGAGACUCCAGGACCGACUCUGCAGGACCUCCAGGACCCUGAUCCAGAGGACAAGGACACCUGAACCCACUGUUAAACCCAAAGGAUUGUGGGAAACGGAGUUGACCUUUGACCUUUUCAGUGAUGCUGAAUCAUAUAUAUCUCUAUAUGUAAUAAUAAUAUUGUUAUUGAGGGUUUCUGAUGAAUAAACUGCUUUCGCUGAUAUUAAAGAAACGUUAAAGAUAUCAUCCUGCCGACUGAACAAUAAAAUGGAACCUUAUUAAUCAUUCACAA